AAUGCAUGGAAUGAGAGAAGACUGCCUGUAACUGCAUAUCUCCUCCCUACCCAGCAGAAACAUGAAAGUCACUGUGGCUGCCCUUGCCACUCUUCUCCUCACUGCCUGCUGCUCCCAAAUCCAGGCUCAACUUGAUGGCGUCACCACUCCAACCUCCUGCUGCUUCACUUAUACCAAAAAGAUCCCACGGGCCCUUGUGACUUCCUACAAGGCCACCAGUAGCAAGUGCUCCCAGCCAGCUGUGAUCUUCACCACUAAGAAAGGCCGGGAAGUCUGUGCUGACCCCAAUGAAAAAUGGGUCCAGGACUACAUGAAACAUCUCAAGAAAAACUGACCAGUUCCUCACUACAGCACUUACCGACCAUCAUUCCUCAUGUCUUGGGCUUCUGACAGCAGCAAUCCCUCUUUCAGGGAAAUAAUAUAAUUGUAUUUAAUUGUAUUUAGGAAUGUUGGUAUAUUUGAAGAUGUUAUUGUUAAAGAGAACAAUUUAUUUUAUUUAAAUUAUUUGUGUUCGAGCUAAAUUAAGAUUAAAUAUUUUUUUAUUUUAAAAGAAAAUACAAGUUUUACAGUCAUAGACUAUGCUAUGAUUGUUAAUAAAGAUGUUUGUCCAUAAAAAUAAUUGUCUAUUUCUAUAGCUUGUGUUAGUGUGAGUUAUGGUUUGGAAGGUAUGUGUGGUUUUCUGGAAAAUAUAUUUCUGCAUAUUGCAAUCCCAAUUAAAAAA